AUUAAAAAACGUGAUCAUCGCAAUUUUGGGUGGUUCCGUUGUUCCUGUUACAAUGGGCAUCCAAAUGCUUGGAACGAAACGCAGCGUAUGGGCGACUUCGGUCGGCGUCUUCACCCAUCGGGUGUGAUGUGGUAUGGUAUUGGAUACUACACCCCUGAAGUUAAGAUGACACGUCAAGUACAAAAUAUCAGCACUGUACUCACGUGAUCACGCUGCCUAGAUUUGAAUGCUCAAAUUUCGAAAUCCAAUGUCUGCGAUGUGUUCAUCAGAUCGUGACCCUCCCUUCUACUACUGUUGCUUGCUCCGGACAAAUGAAGGUACAGAAAAAGACACGGGAAGAGAUGUGCCUUCCCAGCCGCACGCUGGGAUUCCUUACCAAGGGAUCGACACCCGCAUCGAGCACUUGGAAGGACACAUCGGAGAACAGUGUCUCCUUCGCACGACGGGAUGCUAGCUUCUAGCAACCAAUGCAGAGCGUCCUCUUUUCCAUUUUGUUGUUGUUGCUGUUGUUAAUCCUGGAAAGGGCUAUGAUGGGGGAAUCAGAGGGUGAGAGACUGAGGACUGUAGACUGUUUAAGGGGAAGGCUUCUUGCAGAAAGAGUAGCUUCCAAGGCUGCCAAGACGGAAGCAGAGAGCCUGGCUAAAAGGUUGGAAGAGCUAGAAAGGAAGCUGGAUGAAGAGACAAAAUGCAGGAACAGAGCUGAGAAGAGGCUCAAACUCGCUUUAAAGAAGUUGGAAGCCCUGAAAGAUGCGAGGAGCCAAUUGACCCUUCAGGAUAGCUCCUCUAGUUCUUCGUCUUCCCAGUGCUUCUUGAGCCCACAAAGACUAGAACAGGAAAAACCUGGUGCACUGUCGACGGUGGAUUCCCAACAAUUUGGUUCGAUGGAAGUGGCGAAAGAGAUGCUGAGAUCCUCGAGCUCUGAACAUCUUCUUGGAGAUAAUGUUUCUGGAACUGGUAGCUCUUCCAUCUGUUUACAUCAACCGUUGAUUUCUCAAGAUGAAAGGAGCUGCAGUUCCGUCGGAACUGCCCAAUCUCAAAACGAAGACGGUAUUCAAGUCAUCGGUGCUCAGCCAUCGCCUGCUGACGAUAUGAGCAUAACUUCAGGUAGUGAUGCCGAGCCAGAGACAGCAAUCCGUCAGGCUGAGAGAGAGGACAGAAGGCUCGCUAUCGUUCCAGCAAGCGUACAGCUGAACUUAGAGGCCUGCAGACCAGAGGUCAAAGAAGUGCAGGAUGUUCUUGAUGCCCUAAGAAAUAUCAAAGUGCAAUUGCUAUACUCUAUGAGGAUUCUAGUUAGCCAGGGAAACUCCAGUGGAGCAGCCUUUUGCCGCCAGAGCAAUCAAGUUUAGACACCAGUUGCUGUUAAAUGUAUGUACAACGCUCGCUAGAACAUCAUCCUUUUCGAUUAUUUUGGUUAUGCACUAUUUGGAACGUUUAUAUCGAUGAUGUAUCGACCAUAAUGAGUCUUGCUCGGUGAUAUAUGUAUGGUUUUAUCAAUCCAAACUUGCAAAGUACAAGUAAACUUCAAUAAGAGCUUGAUAAGUUGGAGCUGAUCAAUGACAA